AUGGUGAAUUACAGAUCGCUGAUCUCAUUGGGUCCCCUGACAUGUGCCAACUUCAGCAAAGAAUCUAAAGCAGAGCUGGUCACGCAGAAAGCUUCAUUGAAAAUGGAGAAGAAGAAAUUGGAUGAAAAGUAUCGAAACAUUGUGCAACGUGAAGAGUCUAGUCAAGUUAACGAACUUCGGAAACAGUUUUUCCAAGAACAGUUGACCUGUCAGCUUGUUGGACAGCGUCACAAAGCUCCGUCCGAUCAAGCUGCCGCCCGGAAUAACGUUGUGACUACCUUUUUCUCCACUAUCAACUAUGGCAUCAUCGAGUUUGUCAAUAAAUACCUAGUCUUGACGACUUUCAAUCACACCAAACACAUCGUUUGUUGCUCAGGGGAGGGUUUGACAGAGGCCAAUAAAUGCGCGAUAUGCGACAAGGACUCUAGCCAGAUAUGGCUGACUCGCCAAGGAUAUAUCAAGCACAUCGGUCAGCAUGUAAAGAUGUUGACGCAAACAGCGCCGACGGUCGGGGUGAAAAGUCAAUGUUUGUGGGUUGACGAGGUCGUCUGCAACAAGGAAGACAACAACUGCACUUCAACCGAUUGGGCCGAAUACUGCGUCUUUCACUACAAUGACCAGUCCCCUUUAUUCCAGGAGCGUGCGGGAGGCGACGUUGAUUUGCAACCUCGUAGUGUUGGCAUUCAUGACAAUGUUGUUGUGUAUGACGCGAUGGAAGGUUUGGGCGGUCAUCAUCCAGAACUUUAUGGGUACAUUGAGCAGAGCUUUGCUGUCGUUCCAAUUUACUGCCCAUACUGUGUCUUUGAUGGGCUGCUAACAUCGCCAAAAACGGAGGUAUUACUCAUCCUUUUCUACAAGUUCCGAGACAAUGGCGUCUUUUCUAGCUACAUGUUCGUUCAACAUCUUGGAAACCUUGACAAGACCCCGAUAAGACUCCGACGACUAUGUGUCCAGUGCCAUCAUGCGGUACUCACCCUUUCACUUUCUUCGACCUACUAUAUCACCUUGUCACGUUCCAUCGUCUCCCCAUUGUCGACACUUCACGCCCCAAGGUUGGCACCAGCGGCCGUAAGAACUGUAGGCUACAUCUUCUGGUUAAUGAUGAGCAAAUGGCAUUGA